AUGGGUUCUCCGGACCCAAAUGGGCGCCAGCUCGAUGGUCUUGGGGGUGGAAUAUCGAGUCUAUCCAAGAUAUGCGUCGUCGGCCCACCGACCAGGCCGGGUGUGGACGUGGAGUUCACUUUUGUCCAGGUUGGUGUGAAAAAUUCUGACAUCGACUAUUCGGGGAAUUGCGGGAAUUUGAGCAGUGCGGUUGGGCCCUUUGCUGUUGACUCGGGGAUCUUCAGACCAUUGAAGGACAGUGGAAAUGUCUCGGUGCGGAUAUUCAAUACCAAUACGGGAAAAGUUAUCGAGUCUACAUUUCCGGUGUGCGAUGGCGAGGCGGUCGCACAGGGCGAUUUCGCGAUUGAUGGGGUAGCUGGCACAGCUUCCAAGGUCAAGCUUGAUUUUAUGAACCCUGGUGGGUCGAAGACGGGUGGGAUGCUCCCCACGGGGAAUGUGGUGGACUGCAUCGAUGGCAUCCGUGCCACGUGUGUGGAUGUAGGGAAUCCGUCUGUAUUUGUGUCCGCUGAAGAGCUUGGGAUUGAUGGAACGAUUCUUCCGGACGAAACGCAGAAUAUGCCGGGGCUGUUGGAGAGAUUGGAGUCCAUUAGGCAAAAGGCCACUAUGAUGAUGGGAAUGGCCGAUUCCCCCGAGGAGGUACCGGCGUCUAUUCCGAAGAUAUGUUUCGUUUCCCAGCGUAAUUCGCAUAUGCUGCUCUCUGGUGAGAGACUGGAAGCGAAUUCUGUUGAUGUUGUUGUGCGUGCGAUCUCUGUGGGCCAGCCCCAUAAGGCGUUGCCAAUAACGACAAGUUUGAGUUUGGCGGUCGCUGCGAAGAUUCCUGGCUCUAUUGUCCAUCAGCACGCUCGGUCUGGCGUUGAAAAUAAAGAGGAGUUGGUGAUUGGGCAUCCAAGCGGAAAGCUGGUGGUCGGUGCAAAGCUUGACGAUAAUGGGGAAGUAGAGAGAGCAACAGUGUAUCGAACUGCGAGGAGAUUGAUGGACGGCAUUGCCUACUGGAAAUAA